GUGAAGUUAGGCCACCAUCAGAUCUCAGCAGUCUGUCAUCAUGGCCUUCAACGGGACCUGGAAAGUGGACCGCAAUGAAAACUACGAGAAGUUCAUGGAGCAAAUGGGCAUCAACAUGGUUAAGAGGAAGCUAGCGUCUCAUGAUAACCUGAAGAUCACUCUGGAACAGACCGGAGACCAGUUCCACGUGAAGGAAUCCAGCACUUUCCGCUCGCUGGAGAUUAACUUUACUCUCGGCGUCAGCUUUGAAUAUUCCCAGGCAGACGGCACCGAGCUCACGGGGUCCUGGGUCAUGGAGGGUGACAUGCUGAAGGGGACGUUCACACGCAAGGACAACGGAAAGUCGCUAAUAACCACCAGGAAGAUCAUCGGUGAAGAGCUUGUACAGACUUAUACCUACGAAGGAGUCGAGGCCAAGAGGAUUUUCAAGAGGGCUUAAAAUAACAUCAGCAUUCCCAAAAAUUACUGAAUCUAUUGUGUGCUGCAACCGUG